AUGGCUCACGCUUUGCUCUCCAUCCCCAAUCUCCCCAUCUCGUCACCAACGAAGAAAAUAUCCACACUCUCCAGUCCCAGAGCCAGAACCAGAGCCGCCCCCAGAGCUUGUCUCAACCAAUCACCUCAACCCCCAAACCCUUCCCUUCUCACCUCAAUAACCAACCUCCUCUGGGGCCCCUCUCUCCCACCGGGCCUCCUCAUCUCCACCGUCCGUACUGCAUGGCACUCCACGUGGCAACUCAUGAUGUCCCAACUCGCUCCCUCCGAUACCUCAGGCCGUUACUCCCGGCCCCCGUCCAGGUUCCGUUGGGCCAACUUUUCCGGCCAGAUACCGACAGCCCUCCACCUCUAUGUGGGCCUACCUUGUCCGUGGGCCCACAGGACUCUCAUCGUCCGUGCCCUCAAGGGCCUCGAGGACGCCGUGCCCGUAUCCAUAGCCUCCCCGGGCCCCGACGGUUCGUGGGUAUUUAACGAUAUCCGCGGCGGGGAUAGUGAUGUCCUCCUCCCCGGUCCGGACAAUGCGAAUGGGUGCCGAAAUUUGAGGGAAAUUUAUAAGCUGAGGAGAGGAGGGUAUGAUGGGCGUUGCACGGUGCCAAUGCUGUGGGAUACGAAGACAAAGGAGGUGUUUUGCAAUGAGAGUUAUGAUAUAAUCCAACUAUUCAAUUCUGGAAUCAACGAGCUUGCACGCAACCCGGGACUAGAUCUCUCCCCACCGGCAUUGAAGGGAAAGAUUGAGGAAUGGAAUCAAAUAAUUUAUCCCCAUGUUAAUAAUGGGGUUUACAGAUGUGGGUUUGCUCAAAGCCAAGAGGCAUACGAUUUGGCGGUAAAUGACUUGUUCAGUACAUUGGACAUGUUAGACGAACACUUGGCUAGUUCUCGCUACUUAUGCGGAGGUGCACUGACACUUGCAGAUGUAUGCCUGUUCACUACUUUGAUUCGGUUCGAUCUUGUGUACAAUGUCCUGUUCAAGUGUACCAAGAAGAAGCUACUCGAGUAUCCCAAUCUCCAUGGCUAUAUGCGUGACAUUUACCAGAUUCCCAAGGUCGCAGCAACUUGCAAUUACAGCGCCAUUAUGGAUGGUUACUACAAAACACUAUUUCCGCUAAAUCCAGGCAGCAUUCAACCUGCCAUGCCUUCAGGCUGCGAGCAUGGAGUCCUCUCUAGGCCUCAUGGCAGAGAGUCGCUGCCAUUGGCAGAGAGUAAAUAUGUACAGAUGUUGAAGAAAUUGAAGCCAAAACUUUAUGAGAACUUGAGGCAAAACUUUAUGAUAAAAGUAUACCCUCAUCUCAGUACAUAUGGUACCGUUGUUAUUAUUUCUCUACUCUCAGCUGGAAGGAUAGUGCUUGUCUAAACAGAGUAUCAGAAGCCGUGGAAGACAUACCAAUGUAAAGUUUCUCCUGAGAUUCAACUUUCAAGAAGAUCCCGCUCGCACCCAAGUUACUUUGCCAUACUCUAUUACUUCUCAAGAAUAUGUAGGAAGCUGGUAAGUUUAUCCAGAAGACAAACAUUUCCACUUACAUAGUUCCACUUUUUCUUUUUUCUGAAGAUGACAAUACUUUUAUUUCUACACCCCUUUAUAUAGAAUUUGAGAGUUACAGAAAUUUCAAAACUAAA